GUAUAAUCAACUUGGUUAAAACUUCCUUCCUGGUAAGUGCAGCACUUCCUUUGCAUCUGGAUAGGAGGGCGAGCAAGAAAAGCAGAACGGCUUAAACAAAGAAUUUUUUGUGUGAAUGAUCUUCCUUUAAAAAAAAAAAAAAAGGAACUUAAGAAAUUAAACAAAUGAGUCGUCUUCAGAAAUUCAGCCUUUAUUUGAUAAGCAGAUUUCUUCUGGCAUGGAGUUGGAGGAUUAUGAACAGCCUGUUGUUAUGAGAGAGGAAAACAAGCGAAGGAGAAGAAGAAUGAAACCUUAUUGUACAUCAAGUAAUUUGUCAUCAAUGGAACUGAUAGCCAUUGAGUUCAUUUUACCUACAAGCAAUAAACAUACAAAAAUACCGGAAAUGAUGUUACUCGAAAUAGCUGGAAACUGUACAGUUGAGCAAAUGAAAGCACAGAUUUGGAUGCGUGCAAUAGAGAUGAGCCAAACCACAGACUUCUACCAUGCAUUCACCCCGGAUCAGUUCAUUCUCCAGUAUCAGAAGAAGGGGCAAUGGUAUGAAAUUUAUGAUAAGCAUCAAGUAUUACAGACCUUAGACUGCAUACUGUACUGGAAAGUGUUACAGAAGAAGGUAGGCAAGAUAUAUGUUGUCCAGAAACAAAAACCGUCAGAAGAAGUUCAGGAAUUUCAGCAGCAGCUUAACAAUUUAAUUGGUUAUGAUGUUACUGAUGUGAGCAACGUGCAUGAUGAUGAACUAGAAUUUACCCGCCGCAGAUUAGUCACUCCUCGAAUGAUCGAGGUAGCCUGCAGGGAUCCUAAAUUGUAUGCGAUGCACCCAUGGACUACAUCUAAGCCACUCCCAGAGUAUUUGUUUAAGAAGAUCACUAAUAAUAACAUUUUCAUAAUCAUACAUAGAGGAACAACUAGCCAAAAAAUUAAAGUGUCAAUAGAUGACACUCCAGAUAUGAUUCUCCAUAGCUUUUUCACAAAAAUGGCAAAGAAGAAAUCUUUGAUGGAUAUUCCUGAAGAUCACAGCGAAUUGGAUUUCGUUCUCAGGAUUUGUGGCAGAGAUGAGUACAUUACUGGAGAGACACCAAUCAAAGAUUUUCACUGGAUAAGACAAUGCCUUAAGAACGGGGAAGAAAUCCACCUGGUAUUAGACAACCCCCCCGACCCAAGCGAGGAUGAGGUUCAGAAGGAGGAGUGGCCAUUGGUGGAUGACUGUACAGGAGUUACAGGGUAUCAUGAACAAUUGACAAUAGAUGGAAAAGAUCACGAGAGGGUCUUCACUAUCUCUUUGUGGGAUUGUAACAGGAAGUUUAGGGUGAAAAUAAUUGGCAUUGAUAUCCCAGUUUUACCAAGAAAUACUGAUCUUACGGUGUUUGUCGAAGCUAACAUUCAACACGGGCAACAGCUCCUUUCGCAGAGGAGGACUUCCUCAAAGCCUUUUACUGAGGAGGUUCUGUGGAAUAUCUGGUUGGAGUUUGAUAUCAAAAUCAAGGAUUUGCCUAAGGGAGCACUCCUGAAUCUUCAGAUAUACUGUGGUAAAGCACAGGGAUUGUCCACAAAGACGAACCUUCAGUCUCAUGACUCCCCCAACUCCGAUUCGAAAUGCAAAACCCAGCUUCUCUAUUAUGUAAAUCUUCUGUUGAUAGAUCACCGUUUCCUGCUACGAAGUGGGGAGUAUGUGCUCCACAUGUGGAAAAUCCCAGGCAAGGGGGAAGAACAAGGAAGUAUCAAUGCAGACAAACUCACAUCGGCAACUAAUCCGGAUAAAGAAAACUCCAUGGCUAUCUCAAUUGUGCUGGACAAGUACUGUCACCCAAUUGCCUUGCCCAAGCACAGGAUAACAUCUGACUCCCAGGGGGACAGGACUCGAGCAGAAAUGCCCAACCAGCUUCGCAAGCAACUUGAAGAGAUCAUUGCAACUGACCCACUUAACCCACUUUCUCCUGAGGACAAAGAACUGUUGUGGCACUUUAGAUAUGAAAGCAUAAAGCACCCCAAGGCGUAUCCUAAGCUGCUUAGCUCUGUCAAAUGGGGACAACAAGAAAUAGUGGCCAAAACAUACCAGUUGCUAGCUAAAAAAGAGGCGUGGGAUCAAAGCACUUUAGAUGUUGGACUCACCAUGCAACUUCUGGACUGUAACUUUUCCGAUGAAAAUGUACGAGCAAUGGCAGUUCAAAAACUGGAAAGUUUAGAAGAUGACGAUGUUCUUCAUUAUCUUUUGCAACUUGUGCAGGCUGUGAAAUUUGAGCCGUAUCAUGACAGCGCAUUAGCUAGAUUUCUGCUGAAACGGGGUUUGAGAAACAAAAGAAUUGGUCACUUCUUGUUUUGGUUUUUAAGAAGCGAGAUUGCCCAGUCCAUGCACUACCAACAGAGAUUUGCUGUGAUCCUUGAAGCCUAUCUUAGGGGCUGUGGAAAAGCAAUGCUACAUGACUUCAUGAAACAGGUUCAAGUAAUUGAAUUGCUGCAUAAAGUCACAAUGGAGAUAAAAUCGGUUUCUGCAGAAAAAUAUGAUGUCACUUCUCAAGUUAUUGCACAGCUUAGACAAAAGCUUGAAAAACUACAGAGCAGCAAGCUUCCAGAAAGUUUUAGAGUCCCGUAUGAUCCUGGGCUAAGAGCAGGAGCCCUAGUGAUAGAAAAAUGUAAAGUAAUGGCAUCUAAGAAGAAGCCCCUGUGGCUUGAGUUUAAAUGUGCAGAUCCAACAGCUCUAUCAAAUGAAACCAUAGGCAUCAUCUUCAAACAUGGAGACGACCUCCGCCAGGACAUGCUUAUUUUACAGAUUCUUCGAAUUAUGGAAUCCAUUUGGGAAGCAGAAUCAUUGGACCUCUGUUUGCUACCAUAUGGCUGUAUUUCUACAGGGAACAAAAUAGGAAUGAUCGAAAUUGUGAAAGAUGCUACAACAAUUGCCAAAAUUCAGCAGAGUACAGUUGGUAACACCGGUGCGUUUAAGGAUGAAAUACUAAACCAGUGGCUGAAGGAAAGAUGUGUCAUUGAGGAGAAGUUUCAGGCAGCUGUGGAAAGGUUUGUUUAUUCCUGUGCUGGAUACUGUGUGGCAACCUUUGUACUUGGAAUCGGAGACAGGCACAAUGAUAACAUUAUGAUUACAGAAACAGGUAACCUUUUUCAUAUUGAUUUUGGCCAUAUUCUUGGGAAUUAUAAAAGCUUCCUUGGAAUUAAUAAGGAAAGAGUUCCUUUUGUGCUGACUCCGGAUUUUCUGUUUGUCAUGGGGACUUCCGGAAAGAAGACAAGCCUCCAUUUCCACAAAUUUCAGGAUGUAUGUGUGAAGGCUUAUUUAGCUCUUCGACAUCACACAAACCUGCUGAUCAUCCUGUUCUCCAUGAUGCUAAUGACUGGAAUGCCCCAAUUAACCAGCAAAGAGGAUAUCGAAUAUAUCCGGGAUGCACUGACAGUAGGGAAAAGCGAAGAAGAUGCCAAAAAGCAUUUUCUUGAUCAGAUAGAGGUUUGCAGAGAUAAGGGCUGGACUGUGCAAUUUAACUGGUUUUUACAUCUUGUGCUUGGAAUCAAGCAAGGAGUAGAAAAGCAUUCUGCUUAACGUUUUAUGUAAAUUAGCUGUAGGUGUGAAUAGGAAGUUAGCGAAUCUACAUGUUAUUAUUUAUGCAUUCCGAAUAAAUGAGCAGUCGAAACUGCCUUUACUUUGCUGGCAGCUUAAAUGGAUCUUCAAAAAGGCAAGGGCUUUUGCUUUGCUGCUCCAGAAGAUCUUCGUGCAGUGAAGAUCUUUUUUUUUUUUUUUUUUUUUUUUUUUUUUUCCUGAAUGCCUAAUGACGUUUCAAGUUGCUGGAUUCUGUUACCUAGCUGCUUUGCUGAUGUGGCCUGCAAUUUUUUGUUCUUUAUUAAUAAUGAAGGAGAAGCUUGAGUAAGAUGAUAACCUGCAAACUCCAAUAGAAAUGUUCUGUGUCAUUACCUUAAUUGUUCAUGACGGUCAAGCCCUUCAAACGGGGAAAAAGAGUCUAUUUAAAAUAUAUUGAAAUGCCUGUAGGAAAUGUAUUUCUUUCUCAGGAUGGUUUACACUCAAGUGUUCUUCACCCACAUCACUCCCUUUUGUCUCUUUCCUAACAUUUGUUCUUUUUGGAUUUUUGAUGUGUCAUCAGUAGGUAACAGUUUUGAUUCUACUUCUAGAAGAAAUUCCCUUACUGUUAUUUUAGCCUCCUGGCAUACACAACUGAACGUGACUGUCUCUCCAGGAGAACUUCAGAGUUCCCUGGAAGCUCCUCAGGUUUGAACCUGAAAUUUUGAAGGUUUAUUUUUGGAAGUUUUUUUACUGUAUUUUUUUUUUAAUGGGGAAGGUCCGUAUUAUAUUACAGAUCAUAUUCUUACUGUAAAUUUACUAAAAUUCCCCCUGUAUAGUAAAAGAGUUAUAGAAAAAGCAGUGGUACUUCCUUACUCCUCAGAGAAAAGUCCUUACAUAAGAGUAAUUGAUAUUUUACCAAAUAUUCGAGAAACCCAAAGUUAUUUAUUCUUUGGAGAUAUAUUUUCAGGAUAUACCCAUAAGGAAUUAAAUAUAAUCUUUGAAAUUGUGUAUAUUUUGCUAUUUAUUUUUAAAUUCUUGAAGAGACUAUACUACUGAAAAGCUAUUUAUGAAAGAAAAAGAAUAGUUAUCUUUAAUUUCAAUAUUUAAACUUUAAAAAGGAAAAAAUGGGCAGUGUUAAGUAGAAUUUUAACUUCUGUACCUGCAAAUCAUGUGGUCUGCCUAUGGUAGGAAAAAAAAAUAGCAUGAGUUAGUCUUUGACUCCAAUUAUUACAGUAUACUUCCUCCUAAUUGAUUUUUACCAAAGAGAGAAGAUGGCUUACAAUAUUGCUUUUUUGCACUUGUGCCUGUGUAAUUUCUUCUUUCAUAGUAGUUUUACAUGGGUUUUACAUUACAUGUACAUGAUUAACUGAAUUUUGUAAUUCUGUUAUCAUUUGCUUUGGUAAUUUCACAGAACUGUUAAGAUUUUAACUACUGCUGCCACUGUUACUACUGAGUGUAUUCUGGAAGGAUUUUUAAUAAAUGUACUGUAAUUGCUGUCUCUGUCAUGAGACACAGGCAACCUAUUUUUGAAAUAUAAAUGUUUAGUUGGCUACUGUGCACAGCAGUAUUUUUGAUGUAUAUGAUACACUUAGUUAAGGAAAUCUAAAAAGUUAAAAUGUAGAAUAUUUUGUUGUUCUAUUAUCAUUCUGUACAAGAUAGGCUUAAGAACAUACUAAAAUAUAAACUAAUGGGUGAAUAUUGUCUGUAAAAUGAUAUUUUUAGAUUUGUAUUUUGUAGAUCUGAAAUAAAUUGACAUGUUCUCUUCA